GCCACACAAAGCAUGUGUCUCCUUGGGGCUCGGUCUCCAUAGGAUACAGUGUAGCUGCCCAAGGAUAAAGUGGCCAUCCCCACACAACAGCUGAGAGCCUUCCAGCCCAACACAAUCCUGUAGAGUAAGACAAGAGGUACCUGCCUGAGGCACCCACCUCAGUGGCCUCCCCAUCCCCCUCCCAGAUGGAGAGCGCCUGAAAAGGGAGGACCACGGAAAUCUCACACCCCCAGGAUCCUUCCCCCGAUCAGUCACAUUUUUAUCCUGCUAUGCUGAUUUGACGAAUGAUGAGAUGGAGCUCAAACCAACCCCACAGUCAACUUCAUUCCUACAAAGAACUACUACUGCCCAGUCAGUUUCCCCAUAUCAGAUAACUUCUUCCAGCCACGCAGUCACCGCACUUUUCUCCAGCAGGACAAGUAAGAUUCUAACCACCCCAUUACACCAAAGAACAUCUGUAUUCACUGCCACCCAAACAACAAACCAUCAUGCGGUAACAACAGCAUUGGACCCUAACAUGACAACCCAAGCAAGAGUAAAGACCACACAGCUGACCAACCAGACAACCCAUGUAAUAUUAACAACUACAGCAGCAGGUAAGAAAACAACUGCAAAGACUCCACUGCCGACCAAUGAAACAACAACAACUACAGCUCGAACAGGUAAAAAGACAACCAUCCAGAAAACUGAGAAAACCACACUGCCAACCAACCAUACAACCCAUUCAAGUGUGGCGAAUACAACUGCCUCCAUGAAGACAACUUCAAAGCCCACAUCACCAACCAAUCGAACUACAACCCUUGCAGAAACAACAAUACUAACAACCAAGAAGACCACUGUAAAGACCACCACGCAGCCAACUAACCAUACAACUCAUAUAACAGCAAAAACUACAGGCAGAAGAACCAACACAACAACCGUUCAUCCAGGGACUCCGACAACCACACCUUCCACGACAGCCACCAUGGGGCCCACCCUCGCACCAGAUUCAUCACCUGCUACUGGAACCUACAAUGUUUCCAGUGGAAAUGUGACCUGCAUUAAAGCAUCAAUGGGAUUGAAGCUGAUUGUUCAAAAUUCUAAAAUGAAGGAGAAGGGUUAUUUCAAUAUUAAUCCCAGUACCACACAAACAUCUGGAAGCUGUGGAAACCUGCAAUCAAAUCUGAACAUAACUUUUAACGGCGGUUUUAUAAGCUUUACCUUUGUAAAGAAAGUUACCAUAUAUUAUAUCAGUAAAGUGGAGGCCAGCCUCACGGUACCCUCAGCAGGUACCUGGCACAAUGUUACAAGCAAGCAGCUGUUUACAGCCAGGAUGGGACAUUCCUUUAAGUGUCUCAGCCAACAGAUGGUGAACCUGGCAGACAACUUCCAGCUGCUCACCGUUAACACCCAACUCCAAGCCUUUGCCAUUGAUGGGAACCAGUUUGGGAAAGUGGAGGAGUGCUCAGCUGACUUCAACAUCAUUUUUCCUGCAGUCGCUAUAUUCGUGGUCGUUAUUGCCGGCAUCUUGGCACUCAUCCUCUAUCAAGUCCACCUUAAGCGUAAAUCAUCUGCAUACCAGAGAAUCUAGUGGAUCAAAAUAACUUCAUAUAAGCGACAAGAAACAUUAGAUGAAAAGAUUUUUGGAAUUUCAAGCCUGCCAUAAUUUUCCUUAUAAUACCAUCAGAACAAUGUAACGUGCCAGAGUAUGUGUGUCUAGUUAUAAAAUUAAGUACAUGAUUAUUUUAUUGAGCUACUUGCAACUGAGAUGAAGAGGAACAGUUUUUAAUACAAUUCAUUUGUGUUUCAUGAGAGGAUUUUUAAUGGUCUCUUUAAAAUUCAGGGGUUUUUUACAACAUACUUUAUGUAUCAUCUGUAGGAAAUGGGUUAAUAUAAGGAAGAGCAUAUCUUUGAAAAACGAAUUUACAAAAACAUACAAUAUAACUAUUGUCUGAGCAUAUCACUGGCAUUGUAAGGGCAUAAUUCUGAGGCGUGUUGAAGGAGCAAAGCACCUCACAAGAUCAGGCUGUAAACUUUUCUGACUGGGUCCUUCUAAAGUUUUUCACAUAUAAAAUAUGUUUGUUUUAUCACUGUUAAGGCUUUGAAUAGCCGCAGUCCAACAUAUUUAACUGAUCUUCUGUUUAGCCAUUUGUUAGAAUCUCAGAUAAUGUGUUUCCUCAUCUAUCCAGUUUUUAGUCAUGUAUCAGUAGGAACCUUAGCAUUUUCUUGUUAUGUUUGUUGUCUGGGAAGCUCAGUUACUAUUCAGUCUUUUAACACUUGAUACCCAGCUGAGGAGAGAUCUAUUUACUCUUGCUUUAACUGUUCUUAAUUACCAAUCAUUUAACUGUGUUUAAUUGUUCAGUGCCCUGUUCCAUAUUUAUGCAUGAUGUGAAAUAAAUACAAGUCUAGUCCAAAAUAUGAAAUAGAAUGUAAGUCAAACUGUUAGUGGCAAAUAAUGUUUGAAUUCAUAUUUAUCUUGGGUUUUUUUCCUGACGUAUAUGGGGGAUCUUUAUUUUUUUCUAAGUUAAAUGCAAUCCUUUUCCAUUCUCUAUACUGGACAUGCUGUCAUAUUAAUACAGUAAAACUCCAAUUGUCCGGCAUCCAGUAGUC